GCGUACAAGCUCGCAGCAGGCAUCAGGCGUUUGCGCGUACCUCAUUCGUUUGGGGGUAGCAGGCAGAGUCCGUGAGGCGAAGAACGAGGGUGGCCAAAGGCCAUAGAGCGACGCUCUACACGUUGGUAACAAAAGCUUGAGGGGAUGGGAUGCAUGUCAGGAAACAAGGCUGGUUCCCAGUGGGAUGCAGAGCAUGUCCUAGCUCCUGGAGCUCGACGCGCAGGGCUGCAUAUCCCGUGCAAGCUGCACGCCUCAUCAUCGAUAAAACACCACCAUCUCAUCCAGACACUCGUUCGUCAUCCACAGUACCAUUUCGAAACAUCUACGCGGACGUUGCCCCUGCAUAGACCUUUUUUUAACUUCGCCCACUUCCACGCGGCAGGUGGGCUUUUAGUUGGCUGGCCAGUGAUUCCGAGUUUAGUCACAUGUAACUUGUCAUAUUUGCGCCUCAUGCUUGUAUUUAUGAUCUAACAUUAGAGGCCGUCAUGUUUUGGGUUGAUUGUUUUGACAGCAUUGCUCUUAUGAAGAUCCAAUACUGCAAAUAUCGUUCAUCC